AUGUUGCAACGCUGGAUUCUUAUGCUCACACAGCCGGGUCCUGUCGAGCCCGAGAUGCUCGCACACCACUACCCCGGCGCCGGAACGGCCGACGAGCCGUAUCGCAUCGACUUCCUGAAGCACGACCCCCACGAUCCGAUGCAGUUCCCUCCGUGGCUGCGAUGGAUGCUAUGCUGCAUUUGUGGGGGCGCCACCUUCUCUGUGGCGUUCAUUUCCAGUUCAUACGCCAGCGGAGUAACGCAAAUAGCCAAAGAUCUAGGAAGUAGUGAAGGGAUUGCAACGUUAGGGCUGAGCCUCUUCCUCGUCGGCUUUAUCGUUGGACCCUUAUUUUGGGCCCCUGCUUCUGAAUGGCUUGGGCGUCGGCCAAUCUUUGUCCUCUCGCUCGGAGGCCAUGUCGCCCUGAACGUGUGUCUCUGCUUCUGCCCAAACCUGGCCGCUGUACUCCCCCUGCGCCUUCUCUCCGGUGCCUUCGGUGCCUCCUCGUUGACGAAUGCAGGGGCGGUCAUAGCAGACACCUUCCCUCCUCAGGUACGGGGUCUGGCCAUCACCGUCUAUGCGCUAGUGCCUCUCUUCGCCCCGAUCCUGGGUCCAUUAGUUGGUAGCUUUGUAGCCGAAGCAUGGGGUUGGCGGGCAUUGAUGGAACUGAAUGCGCUUCUCUCUGCAAGUGCCUGGAUUGCCCUGCUCAUCGCGCUGCCAGAGACAUACGCGCCUGUCUUGCUACGGCUGCGGGCUCAGCACAUUGGUGAGCUAACGGGCAAAGUGUGCGUCUCAUCCAUGGCAGUCCAACCCAGCGACGAGCCUGGGGUCCGGUUGCGAGAUGUCUUGUCGCGACCAAUUCGGCUCGCCGUCCACCAGCCGAUCCUCCUCCUCCUGGCCGGAUACCAAGCAAUCGUCUUCGGGACCCUCUAUAUGGCCUUUGCCGCCUUUCCGAUUGUACACAGCGCGGGCCGGGGCUGGUCUCCCGGGAUGAGCGGACUGUCAAUUCUAGGUUUGGUCGGGUCCCGGUGCUCCGUACUCUUCCAGCUCUGGGAUCACCAUCGAUAUGCGCGGCUGAUAGAGCGCUUGGCCCCCCAACACCCCUCGCCCGAGGCUCGACUGCCCGGAUGCUGCCUGGGCAGCGUUUCUCUCACCAUUGGGCUCUUCUGGUUGGCGGGGACGAGCAGCCCCCAUUUCCAUUGGCUGUGGAGCAUCACUGCAGGCAUCCCCUUUGGGUUCGGGGUGGUUUUGAUCACCAUCGGGUCGACCAGUUAUCUGGUUGACGCCUACACGGUUUUCGCAGCUUCUGCGCUGACGGUCUGUAUCUGUGCACGCGCAGCAUGCGGCGCGUUCUCUCCUCUCUUGAUUCGCCAAGCCUUUUCAAUCUUGAGCGUCCGGUGGGCCCUCUCGAUCCCGGCCACUCUGGCCCUGGUGUGCGCGCCGUUUCCCUUUGUGCUCUAUCACUGCGGGCCACAGAUGCGAUCACAGUCCGGAUUGGCACGUCCACUCAAGUCUAUAUCAUUUCAAGAUCGGGAUCAGAACUCUUGGCCGGACUGGACUCCUUUGCUUCCGCAGGUAUAG